AGCGCCUGUGUAUGGUACUCACUCGACUGAACAUGGAGCAGCGACUGGACAGUUUGGAACGAUCGUUUGAACGAUCAAAGGAAGAGAUGCGCACAGAGUUGGGAGCGAUGAACGAGUCGUUGCAGAUGCUGUUGGAGAAGAUGCAAAAUCUCGAGACUCAGGGGAAUCGCAGGAAAAGAAGAGGACGAUCGGCCACCCCUCGCCGGCGCCAGACUUCUGCCAGUGUGAGUUCGUCCAGUUCAGGAGGUAAUUCUCAUGAUUCUAAAUCCGUUUCUCGUACUCCUGAGCAUACGAGAAUUAACGAUCGGGUUUAUACCGGAAGAAAGGUGGAUUUACCUUUGUUUAGUGGAAACGAUGCUUACGGUUGGCUUCUCAGGGUUGAACGCUAUUUUAAAUUAAAUCAUGUAUUGGAGGGUGACAAAGUGGAAGUUGUCCUGAUAGCCAUGACCGAAAGGGCUCUGAACUGGUAUCAAUGGUGGGAUGAACAGACGGAUGACCACUCCUGGGGUAAUUUUAAGGAAGCUUUGAUCAGACGCUUCCAGCCGGAAUUGGUUCAGAACCCGUUUGGCCCUAUGCUCAAAAUUAAGCAAACUAAUUCAGUCAUGGAGUACAGGGAUCAUUUUGAAAGGGUUGUAGCUCCCCUCAAAAUUGCUGACCCAGAGAUGCUAAAAGGAGUAUUUUUUAAUGGCCUCAAAGAAGAAAUUAGCUCAGAGCUGAAGUUGCACCGGCCCACUGGGUUAACUGAUCUUAUGGACACAGCCCAGCUAGUUGAACAGAAGAACAAGGUAUGGACGGGAGAAACAAAUAAAGAAGAAGACAACAAAGGCUUGAAGGAACAUGGAGGAAAACUUGUCAAAGCCUGGAAUUGGGUGGAAGCGACAAAGGGAAGAACAACUGCUCCGGAGAGAACACUCUCAGAGAACAAACUAGAGGAAUCGCCAAAACCAAAUAAGACAUGGGAGAGUGGCCAAAGGUUGACACAAGCGGACUUAGAAGAAAGAAGCAAGAAGGGCCUAUGUUUCAAAUGUGGAAAUAAAUGGGGCAAGGAGCAUGUAUGUGGAAUGAAAAAUUAUCAACUUAUCUGGAUGGAAGAGCCAGAAGAAGAGAAGGGAACAGAAGAUCAGUUAUAUGAAAGGGAUGAAGCUGAAAACCUGCUGAAACCCAAUGGAAAAUCAGUCUCUUAUCAUCCACCUUGAGGACAAGGUGGAAGUUCAGGGGGAGUGAUGAUAGGGACCCGGGUACUACAAAUAAUUAAAGUCUUAUUAAGUAUUUUAAUGUUUUCCAAUAAUAGGGUUCUAGGCCCAAUAGCUUAAGUGAGGGCUGGCCCUUUU